AUGGAUGAGGCAGCUAAAAGUAACUUUCCAGCGAUAGUUUAUUGGGAAAAACAAGGCAUGGAUAGAAUGUGUGCUUUACAUUGUAUUAAUAGUCUGUUACAAGGUCCCUUCGUAGAUGAAAUGUUUCUUUCAAACAUUGCUCAUGAAAUUGAUGAGCUAGAAAGUAAACUACUAAAGUCUAGAAGUUACUAUGCUUCUGAGAAUGUGGCAGAUGAUGGCUUCUUCUCGAUCAUGGUACUUCAAGAAUGUUUGCAACGCUUUGGUUACAUAUGUCUACCAGCAGCUAAUCCUGAAGUCCAAUAUGAUGUAAUAUGCCCUUCUCUAUCUUGUGGUUAUAUUAUUAAUACUUCUGAACACUGGUUCUGUGUAAGAUCUGUAGGAGGUAUUUGGUUUAAUUUGGAUAGUCUUAAAGCAGCUCCAAUUAAGAUGGAAUAUACUUCAGUUACUCAAUUUUUACAAAAUUAUGUAUUUUCUGGGAAGAGUGUAUUUGUAGUUAAAAAUAAGUCAAAUCAAAAUAGCUUCUUAAAGGAACCAGAUCCCUUUAUCAGACCAAUUGCUGACAAAACAAAGCAAUUUUAUCUUUCAAAGCAAGAAAUUGAAUUACUACAUAGAAAUAAAGUUGCUGAGAAUGAUAGAAAUUUAAAUUUAGCACUAGAUCAAACUUUAGACUCAAGGAGUUUUCUUUAUAACACUCCUAAUCAAAUUACUAAGCACAAUUGGCCAACAUCUGGAGGUAAUACUCUAUCUUCCAAUAUAAAUUUUGAAUCUGCUCAACUUUCACAAUAUACCAAUGAAGAUGACGAUCUUAAAAAGGCUCUAUUUCAAUCAUCAAUUGAUUUUGCAGCAUCAAUAUCACUCCCUCAAGAACCAGACUUAGUACAAUCAGAUAUAUUUCAAAUUAGGGUCAAACUUAAGGAUGGUUCCUCUGUAUCUCGCAGAUUUCUCCCUGAUCAGAGCAUACAUAUUCUCUUUUUGUGGCUUGAUAAGGAGUUAGCUUUGAAAGGUCAACUUCCACAAACACAAUACUCACUUAUUUGUAAAUAUCCAUCUAUAAAGAUCACUAGAUUACAAGGUGAAUAUAUAGAAGUUUAUAGAUCUGAGUCUCAGAUUACUGAAACUAUUGCAGAUUUUAGUGAAACAGGCCUUGAACCAACAAGUGUUUUACUGUUAUGCAACUAA